AAACCAGCCCUCGUAUUCCUGCUGCUUGUUGUCACAGCAAACUGGACAUCUGCAAGUCCCGUCCGUUCCGCUCGCUCCCCUUCUGGGAAGGUAAAUUGUUUCCUCUCAAUCCAAUAAUUAGUAACAAAAGGCUCAGCAGUAAUUUAUCUUGCAUGCCAUAAAGAGUUUGCCUUUUUUUCCUUUUCUGUCUUUUACCGUCACUUUCUGAUUACUUCUCGCUCUUAUAAUUUCUGGAAAUAACUAAAACGUUUCAGAACUAAUUAUUGAAAUAACUGGAUUUAAAUUUAAGCUUCACUGCAUUUAUAAAUGCACCUUUCAUAAAAUACAAGUCUCUUUGCUUGCCACAAUGUUCAAUGUGUAAUUAAACUUGCCUUAGACCGUUGCGUUAUCGCGAUUCCUGUCGUCCUUGCUAGCUACAUUCUGCGUAAAAAUUUUUACGAACUAUCUCAACAAACCUGUCAAAAUUCAAAGAUCAGCGUACCUCCGCUCUAAUUUGAGCAUUUUCUAUUUCACAGGUUGUGGAUUAUAAAGUUCAAAUCAGCGAGACUGGGACAGAGUACAACGAGACAAUCGAGGUGGACACGGAGAAGCAAACUGAACUUUUUAAAGUUCCUGCUCAUAAUGACGUGGACGAAAGCAAUAUUUUGCACGACUUUAAGACGGUAAGUCUAAUUGCUUUUUCAAGAGGUGUAAAAACAUUAGGAUUUAUCCGAUCGUCAAUCAAACCUAAAAAAUGUGCUUAAUCAGUUCAAACCCAACUGACUCAUCAUAAGGUACAAUCUUUUUAUCGUGUUUCAAGCAUAACAAGUCUUGAUUAUAACUCUUUAAGCCAACGGGGACAACGCUGAACAUGAUCAGCUACCCUUUACUAGACAAGAAAAAGGGGACAUAUUCAUUAUGCUUACAAAUUUAUGUUUUCGUGUAAAUGAAAUACCGGUGUUUAAACAACAUUGGGAUUAUCGAAAAAUUCCUCUUUUAUCGUAAAACAGAAUACGACUAUGAUGCUGUUGCCGGAAAAAAAGAUAUGCUAUCUUAUGCCACUGUCAGAAGAGGUGCCGACUCCAGCAAAACUCGAGAGUGAUCUUAAUCAGACAGAGGUAAGGACAUGUUCCUUUUUCUCAGACAAACAAUUUGAGGUGAGCUCUGUCGACACCGAGAAACUGUUUCUGAAACAUUUUUAGAUGACAAAGAUUUUUUAAGUAAAAAACACAAUUGCUGUCUUCUUUUGUGAAUGCAAAAACCAAAUUAUGUCUUUACUUGCUAACUAUUCGCUACAAUCGUCAUUCGAGUGCUGCCACUUAAAUGUCACACAUCUUGGAUCAUUAUAAGAAGCUGGAAACAUUUUGGAAACUUAACUAGGUAUCCCAGUCUAUUGUAGAGAAACCAAUAAAAAAUUUCAAGAGGAGAAAUAUGUGGGCACGGGUUUCAAUAGUUUUGUCCUGGCGGCUGGCUGACCAAAGAAUACAGUGUACUGAUUUGUGAACACUGUGAGAUACGCAUAGCUCCUCUUUUACGGAAAGAUUGCUGAGAAAUUCUAAAACAUCUCGUUGCCGUUUUACAGGAAUUAGGAAUUGUCCUGCCUGCCACCUGACUAGUGCACUCAUUGGUGAAAAGUACAGGAGACGCAUGAUUUCUCUUUUGCAUAGGGAUGGCUGAAAAAUUCUGACAUCUCGUUGCUGUUUUGCAGGAAUUACACAAGGACAAGACCAAAAUUAUUGAUAGCAAGUGGACAGUGGACAAUGAGAUGGUGGACCGGUCUGAACUGAGCGAGGAGUUAGCAAACUUCUGUCCACAAUACCCGAUAUAUCAGGUGAAAAUGAUGGACGACUCAUUGACUGUUACAAGGGUAGAGACAGAAGGUGAGUCAAGGACAGAGAAG